AUGUGCCGGAAACGUAGGUCGCUCACACCGGCUGCGGGCUUUUUCUCCCGCACAUUGUUCCGCAGGGCGUUUGACCACAUUAUCCGAAAGGACGCCGAUAAGACGAUACUCGUCACAGUGGAGACGCCCAUAACCAGUAGCGCAGGAGCAUUCGCGAUUCCCGAGGACAACGAGCUGAGCGUGGACGACGACAAAGAGCAGGAGACGAAGAGCGUCGCUGAGAGGGCCGAAGCCAUCUGCAAGGAGAACCAGGUGACGAGCGUGACCAAGGUGUAUCAGGGCGAGGCGAGGGAGGCGAUCUGCCAGGCGUGUGAGGAGAACGAGGCGAGCAUGCUGGUCAUUGGCAGCCAUGGCCACGGGCCCGUCAAGAGAAGCUUCCUUGGCUCCGUCAGCGACUACUGCUCCAAAUACGCUCGGUCAGCGUCUCAAAAGCUCCUUGGCUCUGUCAGCGACUACUGCUCCAAAUACGCCCGGUCAGUGGGGCUUGUGCCGUGCUUCCCCUCCCCCCGUGUGUGCUUCCGCCCCUCGUGUGUCCUUCUGCUGCCUCUUGUGUGUGUGCCUUCCUUUCUGUGUGUGCUCUUCCGCCCCUGUCUGUCCCCUUCUGCCCCUUCUGCGUGCUUGGCCUGUAUGUGUGCAUCUGCCCCUUCUCUCCUCCUUGACAAGGUGUGUUGUGGCCGCCCUCUGCUCUUUUUGCUGAGCCAUCACCCGCACUUCCUUCUUCUCCUCCCCAUCCUCCCUCCCGCCCCUUUCCUUGCUUUCUUUCGCUCUCUUGCAUUCCUUUUCUUCCAGUGUCCAUUCACGACCCUCGUCCCACCACUCAGAUCUCCUACUCAAGCCUUUCCCCCCAUUAGGCAUCCACAUUCCCUUGAUCACCUCCCCCUCUUAUUCCACUUUCUACACCCCUCCUUCACUACCCAUUUGUGGGCUGUAGAGAACCCCCUCGUUGCCUCAGUGGACCGACUGGAGCAAAAGCUGGAGGCGGGAGCAGAGGCCAUCUUACUGCAGCCCCCCGUGGUGCCGGGUGCCGGAUACUUUCCUUUGAGUUCCUUCCCCCUCUUCAUUCACUCCCCCGUCCCCCCAACCUUCCUCUCCACACACACCCAUUUUUCCAAGCAGCUGGAGGCGGGAGCAGAGGCCAUCAUACUGCAGCCCCCGGUGGUGCCGGCAGUGCCAAUGAUUAUCGGCAUGCCUCUCAUCACCUCGCCGCGCAACCUCGCCUUCUGGAUGCUUCUCACCGACGCCAAGGGGGGUGAAGCUGAUGCUGAGAUCGCCAGGUUCCGGCAGGCAGAGGAGCAGGUGGCAGGGACGGGCGAGGUGGAUGUGGAUCAAUUCAGGGCGUUUCGCCAGCACUGGACGGAGCAGUACCUCACGCUUGCCACGCAGCUCAAAGGUGGGGAGCCAAGCAGGUCAGAGGUUCCGCCAGGCAUAGGAGCAGGUGGCGGGGGCGGGCGAGGUGGACGUGGUGGAUGUGGAGCGAUUCAGAUCGUUCCGCCAGCACUGGACGGAGCAGUACCUCAGACUUGCCACGCAACUGAAAGGUGGGGCUUCGGUAUCAGACAAGGGGGCGUGCACACAGAGAGUGCCAUGUUGGUGCUUGCAGGGGCAUCAGGAGUGUAUGUCAUGCCCAUCAACCCGCGUGGAUGGAACGACCUGCGUCGUUCCAUUCUAACCGGCGCGCUCGAACGUUUGCUCGUAUGGGACGUGCGAAAGGGCACGCUGCUACAGCAGCUCUCGCCGCAGCCGGCCGGCGCCGGCUACAGCCAAGGGGGCGGCGCGGGUGCGGCCGGCAGCGCAGCCGGCAGCGUGCAUGAUGCCGUCCCCGCUGUAGCGGACGUGACGGCGAUUUGCCCGUCGCCGGCCGACGCGACGCAGGUGGCGGCGGGGUACACGGACGGUACGGUGCGCGUGUGGAACAUGGUGGACGGCACGUGUAGGACAAGCCUUGCCGGCCACAGGUCGGCUGUAGCAGUGGUGCGGUACAACGCGGCCGGCGCGCUGCUGGCGUCGGGCGGCAGAGACGCGGACAUCGUGGUGUGGGACGUGGCGGGUGAAGUGGGGCUCGUGCGACUGAGGGGCCACAGAGACCAGGUCACAGACCUAACCUUCCUGGAGGGUACAAUGGUGCAGCACCAGUCCCUAUUGGUCAGCUGUAGCAGGGACGCGCAGAUCAAGGUGUGGGACCUCGCCCUGCACCACUGCAUCCAAACCAUUGCCGAGCCUCGCGGCGAGCUCUGGACGCUCGCCGUCCACCCGAGCCUGCCCAGGCUCGUCGCUGCCGGCACCGAACCUGAGGUUCUGGUUUUCCAAAUCAGGGCGGAGAGGGGGUUGUUGGGGGAGGGGGAGGGGGAGGGGGAGGGGGAAGGGGAACCUGGGGAAGGUGUGAAGGUGGAGGGGGAGGCGAACGGGGGAGGGGUCGCCGGGGGAGGAGGAACAGGAGCAGCAAAAGGAAGUGGGGGAGGAGGCGGGGUGGCAGGGCGGUGGGACGUGCUUAUACCGCACGGCAGUAUAAGGAGAGUCGUGGGGGUGGGGCAGGGCGCAGAGCGGGCUUUAAGCGUGCGGUUUGACGGCCCAGGGAAAGUCCUAGCCUGCCAGAGUGCUGGCAAGGCUGUUGAGUUGUUUAGGGUGAGGAGCCCUGGUGAGGCGGCUAGGCAGGCUAAGAGGCGGAGGCGGAGACAGGUGGAGAAGGGGAAAGGGAAGGGGGAUGAGGGGGAGCGAGAGGGUGAGGAGGCAGGGGAGGGAAUGGUGGAGGGGGGAGGAGAAGGGGAGGAGGGAGGGCAGGGGGGGGGGGGAGCGGAAGGGGGAGGGAGGGGCGGGGGUGACUGUGGAGGGGGCAGACGAGUGGUGCAGAAGAGGGGAGCAGCAGAGCCGUCACUGGCGCUGGCCCUGCACAACAACAGCGUGGAGAUCCACACGAUUCAUGCGGACAGCAGCACCCGGGCGGCAGCGCUGCAGUCUGCCGGCCACCGAUCGGACGUCCGCUCGCUGGCGCUCUCCUCAGAUGGCUCGCUUCUUUUGUCCGUUUCCAAAGGCUCUGCCAAGGUGUGGAACCCUGUGACUGGAGCCUGCCUCUCCUCCUUUGACUCGGGCUACGGCCUUUGCUGCCUCUUCGCCCCUGGUGAUAGAUACGCCAUCGCAGGCACACAAGCAGGCGACCUGGAAGUCUUCUCAGUGGCCAGUGCAGAGCGCACGGCUCUGAUUCACGCAGCACACGACAAGGCAGUGUGGGCCAUGGCUGCCCUGCCUGAUAACACGGGUUUUGCCACUGCCUCUGCUGACGGCUGUGUGAAGGCAGUGUGGGCCAUGGCUGCCCUGCCUGAUAACACGGGUUUUGCCACUGCCUCUGCUGAUGGCUGUGUCAAGGCCGUGUGGGCCGUGGCUGCCCUGCCUGAUAACACUGGUUUCGCCACUGCCUCUGCUGACGGCUGUGUGAAGUUUUGGGAGUAUCAGAUGCAGCUCAAGGGAUCCGAUGCGGACAAGGAUGCACUGGCGGCAGGGAGGGGUGAGAAGCACUUAACAGUGGUGAACACUCGCACGCUCAAGAUGUCUGACGAUGUGCUAAGUGUGGCGUUUAGCCCCGACGGCCGAUACAUUGCACUCUCGCUCCUCGACUCCACCAUCAAGGUGUUCUUUGUCGACUCGCUGCGUUUCUUCCUCUCGCUGUACGGCCACAAGCUGCCCGCCAUCUGCCUCGACAUCUCCUCCGACUCCCAGCUCGCAGUGUCGGGCUCGGCAGACAAGAGUGUCAAGAUCUGGGGGCUCGACUUUGGGGACUGCCAUCGGUCUCUGUUUGCACACCAGGACAGUGUGAUGAGUGUCAAGUUCGUGCCCCGCACGCACUACUUCUUCUCGUGUGGCAAGGACCGAAGGGUGCGGUACUGGGAUGCUGACAAGUUCCAGCUGCUGCUCACACUGGAGGGGCACCAUGCUGAGGUCUGGUCACUAGCUAUCAGCCCCCUCGGUGACUUCCUUGUCUCCGCCUCGCACGAUCGCUCCAUCCGCCGCUGGCAGCGCACCGACGAGCCCUUCUUCCUCGAGGAGGAGCGCGAGAAGCAGCUCGAAGCCAUGUUUGAAGCCCGAGCAGUGGCGCUACCAACCGACGCACGCCGCCCGGACGGGGGCGACGACGAGGAGGGCGGCGAAGGCGGGGAGGCGACGGGGCCGGGCGGCGCGGCGGGGGAGCUGGGCGGCGUGGGAGGGGCGGCAAGGGGCACGCAGGAGACGGUUUGGGCGGCAGACUCGAUCAUUGAGGCGGUUGAGCUGGCAUCCAUGGAAGAGGCUCGCAUGGUUCCCUUCAUCAAGGACCCCAGCGACCCCACCUCGCUGCUGCCCUCCUUCCAGCCCAACGUGCUGCUCCUAGGCCAUGCGCCAGCGGCCUUUGUGCUGCGAGCUCUCGCCAGAGUCAAGCCGUCGGAGCUCGAGCAAGCGCUGCUGGUGCUGCCCUUCACAGUGGCGCUGCGGAUUCUCCACUUCGCCCCCCACUGGCUGCACCGCCCGCUGCCGCAGCUGGAGUUUGCCGCCCGGGCGCUCGUGUCCCUCGUGCGCAUCCACCACUCGCAGCUCGUCGCCACGCCCACCGCCCGGCCUCUAUUGGCUGCUGUCCACACUCUCUUACGUGCUUCACUCAAGCUCGUCGCUACCCCCACUGCACGCCCGCUAUUGGCCGCCGUGCACACUCUUUUACGGGCGUCUCUCAAGGUACGGUGUGGUAUUGGGGGAGGAAGGGGAAGGGGGGAGAGGAGGGAGAAAAGAGGGGAAAGAGGAAUACUCGUCCCUCUCGUGCGCAUCCACCACUCACAGCUCGUCGCUACCCCCACUGCACGCCGGCUAUUGGCCGCCGUGCACACACUCUUACGUGCUUCACUCAAGGGCGCAGUGGCAACAGUGGGAUGCAACUUGGCUGCUAUCAGCCACAUCAAGGCAUCCAUAGAGGGGGGGGAUGGCACAUGGAUGGCUGAGAGGGCGUCCAUAGAGGGGGGAGACGGCACGGGCAUGGCUGAAAAGGUGAAAGAGAUUAGGGAGCGGCUGGCCAAGGGGCGCAACGCGGUGGUUGCAGAGAAGCUGCAGAGGAGCAAAGCAGAGAAGCGCAAGCGCAAGGUGGAGAAGCAAAAGCCCGAUUCCUCUCUUGCUUUCUCGUCUGCACUAAUUCAUGGCGCCAUCAGCACCAGAAAGGGCGGGCUGUCGGGAAUCGAACCCAUCGCAAGCGCCGCCGAAUCUCCUCUUGUCUCACCGAACACAUCGCUCUCGUUCGACGCGAUCCGCAUCGUCUCCCCCCCAACUGUGCCAAUCUUCCCCCCUCUCUCCCUCCUGUUCUCUCUUUCCUUGCCUCACCCUGCCUGUCAAUCCGGUUCCUCCUCCACACCCUGCCCCUGCAGCUUCAACGUGUAUGUGUGUGCUGCGGCAGAGCACUGUCACGUACUGGUGUCCCAAGCUGAGGAGAGGAGAGAAGCCAAAGGCAGUGAUGAUAACACGGCUGCUACUACUGACUUAGUAUUUGAAGUAGAGGUUUCUAGUAAUUAA